AACUCUAAGAUGUAAAUAUUGUGUUUUGUCUGUUCCUGGAGGCUGUUGCCAUAGCGAUAACCAAAAUCGACUUUAAAAAAAACUAGUUUCCUGUAUCCAUGGUGACGGGGAGUUUUGUCCAAUCGACUGUUGGUAUUGUGUGGUGGGGAAAUGCAGUGUUUCCUGCUUUUCAAACGGGCUUCCUCCCAUUGGUACAGGGUGGAAUUCUUUGUUUGUGUCCUGGAAAGCUACAGUGUCCUUACGGUCUUAUGGAGUAUCUUUGGCCAGAACCUUAAAUAAGAAUUUGAGACAACAUGAAGCCUUUUCAAGCAAACUGCUUUGACGCUCAGUGCUGCCUCCAUCCGUCACUACCAACAGUCAUUGAGUAACAGACAUUACACCACCCCUCUGGUGACUGAACCAGGGAACCAUGCAGAGGCCACAGGUUACUGGUGGCACCCCGCUACAGAUCCCACCACAGCCUGUACCCAAGAACAGGCACCCCAUCCUCCUGUACUCCAUCCAACCCUUACUGAGGGAGACAGUUAUCAGUAAGGAAGGCCACCCCCAUCCCCAGCCUGACUCCCCCCAGACCUGUGGCACUCAAGGCGCAGGCCAGAGCUGCUGGAGCCUGGAUGUGAGAGUGGCCGUGCUGCUGGUAAUCGUGGCUGGAGCUCUGAUACUGAUCCUGCUCUACAGACUCCUCCAGCUGAGGCACAGACUGAGGCUGGCCCAGGCUCGACAUGCCCUGGAGUACUACAGUUUCUACCACACCGCCACCUACACCCUCAAGGACCCCAGGCUGCCCCGGAUACUGCCCACGAAUGGAGAUGCUAUAGAGGUCAGCCCUGUGGCCAACCCUGUGGCUCCUAUUGUUGUCACCCCAGUACCACCUCCACCGGUCUCCCCACCACCCACUCUUCCUCUCCCUCCGCCCCCCAUCUUGUGUCUACCCCCUCCUCUACUGCCUCCACCCCUUCUCCCACUCUCUUCCUCACUCUCUCUCCCUCUGCCCCUGCCCAUCAUCCACACCACCCCACCUAGCCCUCACCAGUCCUGGGGCGCCAGCUCGGAUGCAGAGGUGUACUCUCGGAUCGGAGCGUUCAGACCAUCCAGGCUGUCCAGCCUCAGCCACUCACAGGUCAUCCUGUUUGAACAUUCCUCUCUCUGACAUCUUCUCUGGAUAUUCCACAUUAAGAGCAUUCCGCUUUGUGGCUGCUUCUAUCACCUCUGUGAGAAUUCUAUAACCUAUUUUAAUGUUCUGAAUUUCAGAUUUGUGUGUGGGUGUUCUCCCUUGUGAUGAGGUCUUUGAGGAUCAUGAAAGGGAUUCUGUUGAGUUCACUGUUUUAUUAUCCACUCACUGUUGAGUGCAUAGGCUUUGAAAUUUCCUGUAGCUGAAUUGCAAAUGUCCAUUUUAUGGUCCUAUUAAAGUCACAAAGUAUUUAAAA